ACACUCAAGCGCUAUACGACAAAGAUACAGAGGAAAAGGGGGAAAGACCCAUAAAGAGAGCAAAGGAGAGUCGGAUGCUGAGAUAGAAAAAUUGAUGAGCAACUCGGAUCUGGAAGAAGGAUCAAAGACAUCUUCAAAACACCAAUUUAUCAGUUUCUUCAGAUGACACGUGGACAAUGAAAGCUUUAAAGCCGCCUGGAUGAAAGAAGUUAAGUUACUCUAACCCAGCAAGCGUGUUGCGUGACUUAAUCUACACAACAUUUAAGGAUUUUUUUGUAUGGUCUGGUCUGCAACACUGAUACAAACAACUGAGUCUUAACCUUAUCUUCUGGCUAAAGAAAACAACAGAUUGCUUGUUUUGUGAGGACUUCUGCACAGCCGAGCUCAUGUGACACACCGUGCGCCUUCUGUUCAACCGAGGGCAAGAUUAUACUAACUGAACUGGACAGGAUGCUGACUUUCUCAAAAAAACAUCUUUCAGCCUCCAGCGUCAAGCUAGCUCUUGAUAUAAAAACCUCUUCUGGCCCCUCCUAAAUGUCACAAGUGCAAAACAACACUGACUGAUAAAAAGAUGUUGUACAGAAGGUUGGGAUCUGCCUUAGGGAUGGGACACAAACAGCAGCUUUUUUUCUCCUUCAGCUCUCAUACCCUCUUCACUUAAGAAUGAAUUGAAAUCUGGGGCAACACUUGGAAUCCAAGCACCGUACAUGUUGAGAGUUGCAGCGAUACAAGGAGAGUUAUGAGGCGAGAUGUAGGAGUAACUGCUUGCAAUGAUUUUUAAUGAUAGGAACACGCAAUCCAGGCGACAACUCUACCUGUGAAACUCUGGCUGCUCUGUUUAACAACCCAGGCAUCUUGACGGCACAAUGCUGUGUGCUCAGGGUGUGGCUGCACCCCUAAUGCUGAGCUCUUUCCUGCUACAGCUGGUCAGGGCCAAUCUCCCUUUUGGAUGUUUGAUUGCAUCCGACAUCCUGAGCUGCACAAACCUCGGCAUUGAGCAUAUUCCAGUAGAGUUGCCUGUGAUGGUGGCGACCUUGGACUUUAACCACAACAACUUGGAACGACUGGAGGAUGGCAGCUUUGCUGGUCUACCCAAUCUGGACACCUUACGGUUGGCUCACAAUCAACUCAGCAGGCUAAGUCCCGGAACCUUCCGGAAUACAAGUAGCAUACGGCAUCUGGACCUUUCCUCCAAUCAGCUGAAUGUUAUCGAGCAGCAUUACUUUCAGGAGUUGGCAGGAAUCAAGGAGUUGCUCCUUUACAACAACCGUAUAGUAAGGGUAGAAAGCAAAGCCCUGAGCGGUUUGACUAAACUACGUAAGGCGUACCUGAGCCAUAACAGGCUGACAGACUUCCCCUUCUUUUCGGUUCAGGAACAUUCCCAUCUUAUAACCUUGGACUUAAGCUCAAACCGUAUGCCCAACCUUCCAGUUGAGGACAUUUCAAGUCUACAGGAAUCAGUACAACAAGGGUUGUUCCUGCACAACAACACUCUUAUUUGUGAGUGCUCCAUGUAUAGUAUGUUUAAACAUUGGGAGCAGAAGGGUUUCACCUCAGUGACAGACUUUCGAGAGGAGCAUACCUGCCUGCUUUACGGUGAGCGGCGUGCUUCGGUGCGCUUUCUGCAACAUGUGCGAUUCUUUGAGAACUGCACUUUAAAACCACUAGUGGAGACGGAGAAUCUAAAGACAGACGUCGGGCAUACGUUGCUUUUAAACUGUACAACAUCAUUAAAGGGAAAGCAUAUCACCUACUUAUGGGUGUCCCCAAAUCAGGAAUACAUUGCUCCCCCUGGUAAUAACAACACACUGCGAAUGUAUGCAAAUGGCACCUUAAAAAUCUUGGGAGCAAAAAAAGAGGACGCUGGGAUGUACUUGUGCAUGGCUAUAAACCAUCAAGAGACACGCAAUGAGACUCGAGAAGUGAAUGUAACCGUGGUGGAACCCCAUCAGGAAGAUGAACAUUUUAACACCGGCUUCACAACCCUGUUGGGCUGCGUGGUCAGCCUGGUUUUGGUUCUUAUGUACCUCUACUUGACACCGUGCCGCUGCUGGUGUCGCAAGCAUCCGACCCCAGCGACUCCAAGCCCUGGAAAUGAAUGCAGCGCCCAAUCAUCUAUCCUGACGCCCACGCCACCCGCCACCACGGAGGGCCCCGGCCGCAAGGUCAGUAACAGCAAGCAUGUGGUCUUUCUGGAACCCAUCAAGGAGACACAAAAUGGGAGGCCGCGGGCAGCACUGGCCCUCGAGCACCCAAAGCUGACAGUAUCGCGGAGCGAUGCUGACUCAGUCACCUCCGUCUUCUCAGACACCACAAUUGUGCCAUAGCAGCUGUUAACUGUUAUCCCGACGACCUGCUCGAUUGAGAGCAUGGUUUCUACGACGCGGCAGUACGCAACUGCGCAGCUACUCAGGACAGAUCAGGGACAGGCUUCGCAAGCCCAAGGCAGACAACCAAACAGAGUAGGAAAGAAAAGCACAUACAAUCAGAAAGUUAUGGAAACAAAAAGGCAAAAAAUGGAUCCAUGAAUAAGCUUUAAGGUUCAACUGAGCCGCAACGGUACAAGAGGAAGGAAUUGGUUUGACAUGCUGAACAGGGUAAAAAGGUUCCCCUUUAACACUGCUUGCGCCUUGAUAGAUUUUUUAGCUACGAAUGCCUUGUCUAGAGCCUAUAUCCUACCAAAUACUACAUAAAUCCUUGUUAUUAAUCUAGAAACAGCAUGAUGGAUAUGAAGGAGAAUGACAAGUGCAUACUGAAUUUCUAGUUGUUUACAGAUAUGACUGACUUCUAGAAUGUCGAUUGCUGAUUUUUUUUAGAUGUAUGUCCUUUGUACACCCGUGUUUCUCAUUAAUGUUUUGUUGGUAGUUGCAAACCAUUUUGGGACCAUACCCGUCUUCUAAGUUCCCAGAUUCCAUGUGUAAGUGUCGAGCCAGUGAAAGUUGUUUUAAAGACACUGACAUUUAGUCGUGCUUUGAACAAAUGACACAGAAUUCAAAUCUCAUCUUUAUUGAGGUUAUAACUUGAAUGGAAUCGAAUCUGUGAAAGUUUUGUUUACAUACUGGAGUACUUUUCCUGUUUCCUCGGCAUUUCAUGUUCUCCUUUGUCCACCCUCCCCUUUCACAAAAUUUCCUUCUUUAUCAGCUUCUUAAUAAAUCCUUCUGCUUCGACCCCAGAGGUAAAUGUCUGCCUACUUAUUGUUAAGUUAUACUGAGGCUUAAGUAAUUGGUCUGUCUGCCAAUGUUUCUGCAUUCCUAUUUUCAAAUACACUGUGCACAAAUAUUCCCAAAUACUCCGACUUUGAAAGGUUUGAAUGUGAAAAGCUCCGGGAAGGUAAAGCAUGCCAAAUGUGUGUGGUCAUGAAAUAAAUAUUAUGGCUUCUUUGCAAUUUUUUGCUCAAAUAUAGUGCACAAAAUAUUACAGACAAAUAAAGUCACAGCCUGGUCAGGUUAAAACGUAAAUAGUUUAUUAAAGGGGUUUUGAGGCAAGCUGGUGGACCACUGACUGAAAAGUUGAACAUUAGCACGAGCAGGCUGGGAGACAAGUUUAAACCAGCUAUAUCCAGCAAACCAGCUACUUUCCUAUUUCAAAUGCUAAUCUCUCCAUCACUGGAUUCUCCGGCUCAUUGAUUCCUAUUAAACAGAUGGAUGAUUCUGUGAUGUGCCGUGACCCAGAAAUUAAAACAUGCAAUCGCAAGAAGAAUUUAACAAUAGUACAUUACCCUUGAGCCGAAGCCCAUCUCCACCAGAAUAACUACAUACUAAUGAUUGUGUUCCAUCUGCUUAACGAAUUAAAACUGCACUCAUGUCACUUAAACCACCAUCAUCAACAUUAUCACCAUGAUCAUAUCAUCAUCAUCACAUUGUACCAUGAUUAAAUCAUAUCUGCAUAAACCUAAAAAAAUCGUGCGCACACUGUGCGUAUUCUCCUGUCCUUUCUGAAUGUUCCCUAUCUGUUCGCAUGCUGUGAGCCUGGUGAGAUCUUGUGUAAAAGCCAAGCCAGACUGUGCAAAAUCAACGCCCUUUAAUGUCAGACUGCAUGAUGCACAUCUUUCGAAUUCUGUCAUGUUUGACAGAGAUGACUUGGAGAUUGAUCAUGACACGUUCUGACAUACAGUACGGGUUGGCAUGAACAUUUUGAAAGGGUAAUGCACAAAUGCAAACUUCAAUGUUAGGAGUGUUUCACCUGAAAAAUGCACUGCAAAAAAAUGACUUUCUUACUUAGUAUUUUUGUCUUGUUUUCAAUAGAAAUAUCAAAAAAUUCUUAAAUUAAGAUGCUUUUUCUUGAUGAGCAAAAUGACCCAAGUAAAUAAGUCUAGUUUUAAGACAAAUAAUAUAC